UUCGUCAUAUCAGUCGCGCGUUUGAAGCCGCACCGUGCGGACGCGUCGUUCCAAAUUCGAAAAUAUAUCGCGAGUGAUAACCGCGCGUGGAUAAUUAAAAAUAUUUUUUGUUAAAUAUUAUCUGGAUUUGAAACCGCACGCCGGAGUUUUUGGAACUAAACUUGUCAUCCAUAUGACGUGGGCCGCACCGACACAUUGACAGCUGAACACACACACAUAUAAACAUGUCGUCUAAAGCUAUAUACGAGGCGACCGGCAAGGACCUCAUUAAUAGGCACAUAGCUCCUGGCACAGCGCUGGUGCCGUGCCGCUUCGCCACCUUCGAACAGGGCACCGUCUGGGAGGACGAGCUCGGCAAGAACCCAUGGCUCGCUAAGGAGCAACUAGUAGUCAAACCCGACCAGCUGAUCAAGCGUCGCGGUAAGCUCGGCCUAGUAGGAGUCAACAAGACCGCAGCCGAAGUCAGGAGAUGGCUGAGCGAGCACGUCGGCAAGGAACAACAAGUUGGCGCCGCCACGGGGAAGUUGCGCCACUUCAUCGUCGAGCCUUUCGUCAAGCACGAUGCUAGCGAAGAGAUGUACCUGAACAUAAUGUCUGGACGGCGAUCAGACACGAUCCUGUUCCACCAUCAGGGAGGAGUGGACGUGGGUGAUGUCGACGCGCUCGCUCUCAGGCUUGAGGUGCCAGUAGAUACCUUCCCGACUGGUGAAGAUAUCGAGAGAGUGCUGCUCAAAAACAUCAAAUCUUCUGCAAUGAAAAGAUUGCUAACAACCUUCAUUCUAGCUCUCUACCGUGUCUACGUAGACCUAUAUUUCACGUACAUGGAAAUCAAUCCCAUAGUAGUGACAAACGAGCGCAUAUACCUUCUUGACUUGGCGGCCAAGCUUGACCAGACGGCUGACUUCAUCUGCGCCAAGAACUGGGGGGAGGUGACUUUCCCCCCUCCUUUUGGAAGGGAUGCUUACCCUGAGGAGGCCCAUAUUGCUGAUUUGGAUGCUAAGAGUGGGGCUAGUCUUAAGUUGACAGUACUAAACAAAUCGGGCCGCAUCUGGACGAUGGUGGCCGGGGGCGGCGCCUCGGUGGUGUACACCGACACGAUCUGCGAGCUGGGCGGCGCCGCCGAGCUCGCCAACUACGGCGAGUACUCCGGCGCCCCCACCGAGAGCCAGACCGCUGACUACGCCAAGACCAUCUUCAGCCUCAUGUGCAGGGAGAAACAUCCUAAUGGCAAGGUGCUGAUCAUCGGUGGUGGCAUCGCUAACUUCACGAACGUGGCCGACACGUUCCGCGGCAUCAUCACCGCCAUAGAGACGUACAAGGACGCGCUCAUACAGUACAACAUCACGAUCUUCGUGAGGAGGGGAGGACCUAACUACCAGGAGGGACUUAGACAAAUGCGCGAAGUAGGACACCGUCUCCGCAUCCCCCUCUACGUGUUCGGGCCCGAGUCCAACAUGACGGCUAUUGUGGGCCUGGCCCUAGGCCAGUCACCCAUACCCAAGGAGCAUCAGUUGGACUACGCGCCCAAACAGCUGCCCAAGCCUCAGGCUGCGCCAAAACCCAAGCUGGACAUCCCAGAAUUGACCCCCAAACUGCUAGACCUCGUGUGCUCUCAAGCGCCGACCAGACAAGACCUCGGCCAGAGUGUGACGACCGUCAUGUCACUGUUCUCUGACCGCACCAAGGCAAUCAUAUGGGGCAUGCAGAACCGGGCCAUACAGGGCAUGUUAGACUUCGACUAUAUAUGCCGUCGCGCGGAGCCGUCCGUGGUGGCCAUCGUGUACCCCUUCACGGCUGAUCAUAAGCAGAAGUAUUACUUCGGCAACAAAGAAGUGUUUAUACCAGUGUUCUCUGACAUGGACGUGGCUAUGCGCAAACACCAAGAGGCGACGGUGCUCGUCAACUUCGCGUCACUACGGUCGGCUUACGACAGCACUAUGCAGGCGAUGCAGCAUCCUCAGAUCAACACAAUUGUGAUCAUCGCCGAGGGUAUCCCGGAGAACAUGACCAGAAAGAUCAUCAAGUUGGCUGACACUAGAGGCGUGAAUAUAAUCGGUCCCGCCACAGUGGGCGGUAUCAAGCCGGGCUGCUUCAAGAUCGGGAACACAGCCGGCAUGAUCGACAAUAUUGUUGACAGCAAGCUCUACAGGCCCGGCAGUGUCGCCUACGUAUCUCGUUCAGGCGGUAUGAGUAACGAGCUGAACAACAUUAUAUCUAAGGACGCGGACGGCGUCUGUGAGGGAGUCGCUAUCGGAGGUGACAGAUAUCCGGGGACCACGUUUAUUGAUCAUUUGUUGAGAUACGAAGCGGACCCCAACGUGAAGAUGCUAGUGCUACUAGGCGAGGUCGGCGGCGUUGAAGAGUACCACGUGUGCAGAGCUAUCAAGGACGGCAAGAUCAAGAAGCCGAUAGUCGCCUGGUGUAUUGGUACUUGCUCUGACAUGUUCACAUCAGAAGUACAGUUCGGCCACGCUGGUUCUCUCGCGGGCUCGGCCAUGGAGAAGGCAGUCGCCAAGAACGCCGCGCUCAGAGCGUACGGCGCUGAGGUGCCCGACUCAUUCGAUACGCUCGGCGUGUCUGUUAACAAGGUUUACCAGAAGUUGGUGAAAGAAGGCAAGAUUAUCGUCAAGGAAGAGGUCGACCCACCCAAAGUACCCAUGGACUACGACUGGGCGAGAAAACUAGGCAUCAUCAGGAAGCCAGCAGCCUUCAUCAGCACGAUCUGCGACGAGCGAGGCAACGAACUGUCCUACUGCGGCGUCCCCAUCAGCCAGGUGUUAGAGAGACAGCUGGGAGUCGGCGGCACCAUCAGCCUGCUGUGGUUCCAACGCGAGCUCCCAGAAUGGGCUUCCAAAUUCUUCGAGCUGGUCCUCAUAGUGACUGCUGACCACGGUCCCGCGGUGUCAGGCGCCCAUAACACCAUGGUCACCGCCCGUGCUGGCAAGGACCUCAUAUCAUCAGUCGUCAGCGGGUUGCUGACCAUCGGCGACCGUUUCGGUGGAGCGUUAGACCGCGCGGCUCUGGACUUCUGCGCGGCGUAUGACCGCGGCCAGCAUCCGCAGGAAUUCGUCAACGAGAAGAGAGCUAAGGGUGAACUUAUCAUGGGUAUUGGACACAGAGUAAAAUCAAUCAACAACCCCGACUCCCGAGUACGCGAACUAAAGGCCUACGUCACAGCCCGCUGGCCGGCGUGGCCCGUGACGCGGUACGCGCUAGACGUGGAGGCCAUCACCACGCGCAAGAAGCCCAACCUCAUCCUCAACGUGGACGGCAUCGUCGCCGCCGCUAUGGUCGACAUGUUCCGCCACUGUCAGCUCUUUACGCAGGAAGAAGGCAACAACUACAUAGCAAUGGGCUCCAUAAACGCGCUAUUCGUCCUCGGCCGUACCAUCGGCCUAGUGGGCCACUACCUCGACCAGAAGCGCAUGAAACAGCCCCUAUACCGCCAUCCUUGGGACGAUAUCACCUACAUGUCACCACUUAACUAAACCAUUUGAACGUUCCCUGGACUGGACAUUGAGAAUUUCAGCGUUCAUUAUACUGGGCACUGAGAAUUUCAGCGUUCACUUUACUGGACACUGAUAAUUUUAGCGUUCACUAUACUGGACAUUGAUAAGUUCAGCGUUCACUAUACUGGGCACUGAGAAUUUCAGCGUUCACUAUACUGGACACUGAUAAUUUCAGCGUUCACUAUACUGGUCACUGAGAAUUUUGCUUCAAAUUUCCAUUUUCUUUGCGAUAAAAAUAGCCUUUCCUAUAAGCCUAUAUUUUCGAUUAGAUUGUAUGAAUCGUUUAUAUGAAGCUUCAAUCUCCAAUCGAAAAACAAUAGAUGGUUUGGUUAUUGCAAUCCGCAAAAGGUUGAAAUGUCACAAUUAUAUUCGGCUACAUACAAAAAAAAAGUCCGAAAUUUUUCAAAAUACUGUUGACCAGUCCAGUUCAGGGUUGAAAAAACAUUAAAAUUAUAAAUAUUAUAAAUAAAUAAUGUAGUGGGAUUGUAAGUAAAAAUGUUAAUAAAGAUCCGACGCCUUCAUUCCAUUCGUGGGCGUGGCCAAAAUGGAGUAUUUUUCGACCAUUUUCAAAAUUAACCAUAGAUAAAAAAACGCGUAAAAAUACAUCUUUUGGACAUUAAGAACUUAGUCACUUUAUUGUCUCGAAAUUAUCGUGCUUUUUUAUCUGUGGUUAAUUUAUGGUCAUAGAAUAAAGUGUCAAUGGUCACUCGAUUUCGGCUGCGCCCGCGCAUAUCAUUUAUUUAUUUUUAUAUUCAGGGUUUCUAAGAGCGCUUGAGAAUUGAAAAAAGUCCUAAUAGAAAAAUAAAAAUGGUUGAUUGAAUUUUUACUAAUUAAUUGUAAUUGUUUAUUUUUAGUAUUUAAAUUGAGUAAAUAUAUGUAUGAUUAAAUAAAUGGGACUUUGGGAUGGAAAUCGCGUUUUUUUCACGUGAUUUUUUUUUAUAUUUUCUCGAGUGCUCGAAUCUAUAUUUAAGUACCUACUAUAGAUCUGUUGUUGAACUGAUAAUAGAAAUGUUUUACAGUAAUUUAAAGUUUAUUUGACGAAUAAAGCACUUUAAAACUACUUCAAAGAUUUUUUACUAAAAAAAAGCGAUUUCCCGCAUCCGGUUAAAUUUUGAAACUGGUCUGUAGUUACGAGUGCUUUGAAAAUAUUGAUAUAAAUGGGGAUGUGAAUAAUUUCUAAUUUUAAAGUUAAAAAAUUGUUACUGCCCUACUAAAUUUUUGUGACUUUGUGCGCCUGAAUCAAAAUAUAUGCUGUCUAGACUGCAACGAAUAUAUAUUUUUAGCGAAAUAUAUGUUAUAUAAAAUAUACACAAAAAAUUUGGCCUAUAAAGCUUUGUAUUUUUUCAAAAAAAAAACGCCAAUUUUGAUUAUACAGGGUGAUUCGAAAAACAAUGUAUAUUUAGCCAACCACCCUGUGUGUGCCUUUAAAAGAAAUAUUAUAUAAGAAUAAGCUGCUUUUCAUGUCCAAUUUUAAGAAAUAUGCUUAAAAAUAAAAAAACAUAUAUUUUAUAUAGCAACGAAAACGUCUUAUAUAUGUAUUUAUAAAUAAAUAGGUAACGCGGUCGUAAGUACAUUUAAGUGUUGAAUUUUUAAGAAAAAUGUUGAAAAAGAAAUUUAAAUCGAACAAAAAUAUAUUUUUGCACUUAAAGAUAGAAGAUGUGUGGUAUUUAUUUAUCAAGGAUUUUUACAUUUCCAACUUAAAAACGGCUUAACCAUAUUCUAUGAUCAUUAAUGAAUUUAUUUUCGCCAAAAAUGGCAGAAUUAAAAAUAAAAACAAGAUAAAAAAUAUUAAGAUUUUUUUUUUUCUUAAAUAAAUUCUUGUUCUAAUAAAUAAAUACCACACAUAUUUAACUAUCUCUUAGACUAUGCACUGGAUCAUUAUAAAAAUAUAAUAAUUGUUUAAAUGUGGUAAUUCUUAUAUACUUAGAAAUAUUAGUAUGGACAAGAUGAUACGAAAAAGAACAAAAAAAAAUCUCAACUCUUGGUUAAAAUGGUUCUCGCCGAAUUCAAUGGCGUUUUGCAACUAACUUCAGAGCUUAUAUGUCACUCGCUGUUAGCUAAGCCGGCCUUACACUUGUAAGUUUCGCUCACGUAAGUAACUUACGAUAAAUUUACAAAUGUAAAACUCUUUCGUAAGUCGCUUACAGUAGAAUCAUCGGCGCGAAUCUUGAGCGCUGACCUUCACCGGCGCAGAAGUGAUUUAUUAGCAAAGAACCAAUCCCGAGUGACGGCUAUGACGCGAUGCACUGCGGGCCAAUCACCGCUUUAGCCCGCCCCCGCGGCUCACUUCAUACCACAAAAGGGACCCAGUAAAUUACUUCUGCGCAGGUGAAGGUCAGCGCUAAAGAUUCGUGCCGAUGAUUAUAAUGUCUUAGAACUUCUUGCAAAUUACGGAAGUUACUUCCGUACUUUGGAAGCAAGUGACAAGUGUGAAGUCGGGAUAAAAAUGGUUACGAGCCGCCAUAAAAUUUGGCGAUAAUCUUAAUUUAUAAAAAAAAAUUUUUUGUUUUCUUUGCUCGUAAUAUCUUGUCUAGUUAAAUACUGCACUGUUGUAUUAGGUUUGUCACAAAAAUGUCUAGACGUUGACGUGUCUAUGUGUAAAGGAAUAAUUUAAAAAUAUUAAAUUCUAUCGCUUACGUUAGGAGAAUUAAAUAAAAAUAAAACGUUCAUUUUACUAUGGGAGUUAAUUAUUUAGUAGUUUACAAUGCUAAAGAAAAUUACUAUUUUAUAUCGUAAUUUUUGAAUUUGUUUCCAAUGACAUAAUCUGUAAUAGACAAAUUAAACUAUUUUUGAACAAUAGCAUUUAUUCAUUUGAAAUAUAGUAAAAAUACAUUACACCAAACUUGAUGGCGUUUCGCAGCUAACUUCAGAGCGUGUGGCCUAUAUUUCUAUCGAAUCUUGGAUAUAAAACAAAAAUAGUACAUUAUUAUGGACAUAAUUGACGAAAACUGGACGCCUUGUAUCGCGAACGUUGUUUAAAAUAAUAUAAUUUAUUGGUGUAACUGUGAAAUGGUUGGUAUAUGUAAAUAUUUGUUUGUCAACUAAUUUGUCAUUAUAUUUUUUUUAUUUACUGUA